GCUCCGGCCCCGGCCCAUUCGCUGUUCCGUCUGCUGCUAGGGAGGAUGUCGGGCUCCUCGCUCCCCAGCGCCCUGGCCCUCUCGCUGUUGCUGGUCUCUGGCUCCCUCCUCCCAGGGCCUGGCGCCGCUCAGAACGAGCCAAGGAUUGUCACCAGUGAAGAGGUCAUUAUUCGAGAAAGCCCUGUCCUCCCCAUCACCCUGCAGUGUAACCUCACCUCCAGCUCUCACACCCUUACAUACAGCUACUGGACAAAGAAUGGGGUAGAACUGACAGCCCAUCAGAAGAAUGUCAGCAGCAUGGAACACAGGAUCUCUAAGCCGAGAGCUGAGGAUUCAGGAGAAUACCACUGCGUAUUUCACUUUCUCAGUGCUCCUAAAGCAAAUGCCACCAUUGAAGUCAAAGCUGCUCCUGACAUCACUGGCCAUAAACGGAGUGAGAACAAGAACGAAGGGCAGGAUGCCAUGAUGUACUGCAAGUCAGUUGGUUACCCCCACCCAGAGUGGGUAUGGCAAAAGAAGGGGGACGAUGGAUUCUCGGACAUUAGCAAUGCCUCUGGACGCUUCUUCAUCAUCAACAAGGAAAAUUACACUGAGUUGAACAUUGUGGACCUCCAGAUUACAGAAGACCCUGGCGAGUAUCAAUGUAAUGCUACCAACGCCAUUGGCUCCACCUCCGUCGUCACAGUCCUCAGGGUACGGAGCCACCUGGCCCCACUCUGGCCUUUCUUGGGAAUUCUGGCUGAAAUCAUCAUCCUUGUGGUGAUCAUCGUUGUGUACGAGAAGAGGAAGAGGCCAGAUGAGGUUCCUGAUGACGAUGAACCAGCUGGGCCAAUGAAAACCAACUCCACCAACAAUCACAAAGAUAAAAACUUGCGCCAGAGAAACACAAAUUAAGUACUGCUUCUAAUAUCCCUAGGUCCCUGAAACUGGUGGCAACACAACCUGCUAAAUUUCAUGCUUGGACCUCUUUGGUUCUAUAACUCUCUUUCUCCACCUUUCAAGUGAGCAGCACCACAAUGACUGUCUAAAGCAUGCCUUAUUUUGCCUCUCCUGUAAGGAUGACCUAGCCAGACACAUUUUAAACAGUGCUUCAGUGUAGAAGGUGUAAACUAUUUUGGGCUUGAUGUGCUGUGAAUGUUGCUUCUUUUCCUUUGUUAAAAUAUUUAAAUAGAAGUGAAAAGCUCCUCUGAGGAUCAGAUCAUGCAUGCACCAUUUUUUACUUAAUGCAGCUGUUAAAUUGGCAAAGCUCUAAAAUGCACUGCUGCCAUCUAGUGAUACAUUUUUGUAAAGUACAGCAAAACCUACAGAUAUAUACAGUAUAUAAAUAUAUAUAUUUAUAUUUUUUGGGGUGGGAGAAAUCCAGAAAUAAAGUAAAUGCUUGUUUCAUUUUUAAGCUGCUGAUAAUUCACUCCUUAUAGUGUAUGUUGUCAGAUGAGGAUAUUGUGCAGUUCCAGUACAUAAAGAUGAGUAAUAUAAACUGAAAUCUAAAUUUUAAGGGCUUAACCUACGACUUUAAUAAGAAGCUGGUACAGUCCACUGAAUGGAUAUAAUGAAUUGCAGUAAAUAUGUAUGAUUGCUUUUUAAGUGAUUAUUUUUUCUUCUGUUAAAUCAUGUAAAUUCUUAAAUCCUUUUGCACUGAUGUGUUGAACCUUAUUCUUGUACAUUCAAUUAAGGCAAACUUUUAUAAUUUACCUUUUGUUUUCAGUGACCUUGAAAUGUUAUAGCAUGGUGAUAUUCUAUGCAACUAGUUAUACUUUUUGGUUUGACACUGUAUUUUUUUCAUGUUGAUUUGAUGAUUGAUUGUAGAUUUUAUAACCUAACAGUUCUCAUGCAGUGUGUAACUAUAGAUGCAUGUACUUGUGUUUUGUGUAAUUGUUGAAGUGCAAUGAUGUAUAAAAAAGUGAAUUUACCUGUUUUUAAAAAUAAAACAUUGAUAAAAGGUGUUUGGAAUAA